AUGAUUUCGACAAGCUGUGAAUAUCAGCAUAACGAACUACUGGUCGGAAUUGCAGUUGGAUUCUGGCCUGGCAUAUAUGCAAAAUACACGGGAGAAGCUAGGUUGCUUGCUGCUAGCCCCACCAGUCACGACUUACGCGGCCGGCCAAUACCGGUAAAGCCAUUCGGGCGAUGGCGCACCUCCCUCGACCACAACAAACUCCUCCAAGCUGUCGCAGCAUCGAUACUCGACAUUUGCAUACCUGAUUUGUUUCAACCUCCUCGCAAGAAGUUGAUGAGAUACUUUGAGACUGACGCAUCAACACAGCCUGGCUGGAUCGCUCCGCUGCUCGCCUCCUGCAAGAUCACGUUCAGCCCCCCCGUGACCAUCUGGCUCCAUGCAUACACUCCUAAUCGGCCAGCAGCCUAUCCAAAUCAGCAGCAGCAGCAACCACCAUACUCUCCGAAUCGACAAGCAUCCUAUCCAAAUCAGCAGCAGCAACAGCGGCAGUCGCCAUACCCGCCGAUCCAGCAAGCGCCAUAUCCUACAAGUAGACAGCCCCCUUACUCGCCAGGUCAACCGAGACCAUAUCCAACCAGCCAGCUUCCAACACCGUACCCGACUGCCGAUACACCCUAUUCGGACAGCGAUUCCAGCGUCGAAGAUCUCGGCCACUCUGAUGACGACCUAGGGCGGCGACGAUUGGAGCAAGUGGAACCAUCAGACUCAGAAGAGUCACCAGAGCCAACAGAGCCAACACAGCCAGCAAAUGUGGUAGAGCCAGCAGAGCCCGCACCAGCGCUCACAUUCGAUGAACGCAGCAGGCUGACAAAGAAACCUGCCUACAAGCCUCGCAAACGUAGCCAUGGCGACCUGCACGACGUCCCACCCGAGGGCAUCGAUCUGUCGCGCGAGCAUGAAGACUCUUUCCAGCCGCGCGACCUCCUGCCUCCACCCGAGCGCGUAUACGACAGCUUUGAUGAGGCCAUUGCCGCGGUGACAACGUUUGGACAGGCUCACGGGGUUUCCUACAACAAGAACAAAUGGUCGCGUAAUAUGCGACAGAGACUGAUGAUGGUCUGCAGUCGCAGUGGCGUACACAAGGACGUACACAAGGAAGGUACCAAGCGCAGAAACAUGGGAUCCAGCGCUUCGAAGAAAUGCGAUUGUCGUAUGCAGUUCUGGAUCCUAGCUAUGGACUAUACCAACCUUGAGGGUCAGUGGAGAGUCAAAUGGGCAAACGACCGGAAAAGUAUCGUCCACAAUCAUCCACCGCAGCGUCCCAAGGUCAGCAAUAAACGAAAAGCACCAAAUGAACCUGCGCCUCCUACACAUCCACGUAUACCGGUUUUCAAGAUCGCUUAG